AGGGACCUGAGAAAUGGCACCAGGUCCCCUGAGAAGUCAUUGUCGUUGUACGAACCCCUUCAUCCUGCUCUAUGACUGAUGGCUGUUUGACUGUUGGAACUUGCAUUACUCCUGGCCCCAGGAAUAGGAUGACCGGACGCUUGUUUCGAGCUCAGAUUUGUUGCUGCUGUGGACCGGCUCCCUGCUCGCUCUGCUGUGCCUUCUGCCCUCCUGUCAAAUCGUCCACCAGCACACGGGUCAUGUACACCUUCUUCCACAUCAUGAGCUGCGCCGUUUCCUGCCUCAUGUUGUCCCGCACCGUCUCUGAGCUAGUCAGGGAAAAUGUGCCUUUCUUCAACGUGGUGUGCGACCAGGCGCACGGCGGAGGCCACUGUGAGAUGCUGGUGGGAUACUCAGCGGUCUACAGAGUCUGCUUCGGCACUUCCUGUUUCUACCUGAUGAUGGCGAUCUUCCUCAUCGACGUCAAGUCCAGUCAGGACUUCAGGGCGCUCAUACACAACGGGUUUUGGUUUUUGAAGUUCAUCACCUUGCUUGGGAUGUGCACUGCUGCCUUCUUCAUCCCGACAGAGUCCUUCCUGCACGCUUGGCAUUAUGUCGGUGUGGUGGGAGGGUUUGCCUUCAUCCUCAUCCAGCUCAUCCUCAUCACGGCGUUUGCUCACACCUGGAACAAAAACUGGUUGACCGGAGCGGCAGAAAACAAGCGCUGGUACCUGGCGGUGAUGUGUGCCACGCUUUUCUUCUACACCAUCGCCACCAUGGCCUUCACCUUCAUGUACAAGUACUACACACACCCCAUCGCCUGCCACUUCAACAAGGUCCUGCUGUGGGUCAACCUGGGGCUCUGCAGCCUCAUGUCCUUCAUCGCCGUCACGCCGUGCGUCAAGCAGAAACAGCCUCGCUCUGGGCUGCUUCAGGCCUCCAUCAUCAGCUGCUACGUCAUGUAUCUCACGUUCUCCGCUCUGUCCAGCCGUCCGCCAGAGAAAGUGGUGUACCAGGGCAUGAACAUGACCGUCUGUUACCCCAGUGUGGGGCAAGAUGGAGUGAAGAACGAGGGCAACGCUGUGGCCAUCAUCGGCGCCGCCAUCAUGUACUGCUGCGUUCUGUUUGCCUGUAAUGAAGCUUCGUAUCUGGCCGAGGUGUUUGGUCCGUUCUGGAUGAUCAAAGUUUAUCGUUAUGAGUUCCAGAAAGCGACGUGUUGCUUCUGCUGCCCAGAGGAAGAAGCAGUUGAAGAUGAGUUUGUGGUUGAUGAUGACAACAAAGGCUGUCAGAAGGUUAUUCAUAACGAGACGCAGCGGGUGGCGUACAGCUACUUCUUCUUCCAUUUCGUCUUCUUCUUGGCAUCGCUGUAUGUCAUGAUGACCCUUACUAACUGGUUCAGCUACGAGUCGGCGGUGUUGGAGACCACCUUCACCCACGGCUGCUGGUCCACCUUCUGGGUGAAGAUGUCGUCCUGUUGGGCGUGCGUCAUCCUCUACCUGUGGCUGCUGCUGGGCCCGCUGUGCAGCUGCCAGAACGAGUCCAGGCCGCGCCGCUCCCGCAUCAAACGCCGCUCCGCAUCCUGCCGCCACGUCAGCGUCAGCGUGUGACAGCGUCAGCGUGUGACAGCGUCAGCGACGCCCCAACGUGGCCGUACUAGGGCGGAGCGAAGCGGGUCGGCCACGGCGCUCUGGAGGCCGCUGGGGUCAAAGACUCACAGAGUGAGAGUGAGAGCCGAGCGCCGGGCCAGAGGGACCGGAGCUACACUCAACCACAAUCAGGGACGUGAUUGUGACUUUCAAACUCGCAGAAUGAAUUGCCAAAGGGAGCCGGAGGAAAGGACCGUACACUGAAAAAACAAAAAAUCUUACCAAGUAUUUUUGUUUACUUUCUAGUGAAAAUAUCUUAGAACUCUUGAAAUAAGACAAAAAUAGGAGCUUGUUUAAAGUUAAUAACUAAAUGUAAUAUUGAUGAAAGACUGCUAGUUCACUAAGACCAGGGGAAAAAUGUCUUCUGAGAAUACAACUAGUUUUUUUCAUCAAUAAUAAGGAAUUAUUAACUUAUAGCAAAGUCCUAUAUCUUGCUGAAAAGUUACUUGUAAGUUAGUGUAAGUGUAUUGAGAUAUUUGCAGUAGACAAAAAUGCUUAGUAAGAUUUAGUUGUUUUUUUGCAGUGUAUGACAUUAAGGAUGACAUUAAGGAUCUGAAAAAAUGUGCACGUUUUAUAUCUUUACUGUUGAAAUGUGAUAGUACUUUUUUAUGAUCAUUUUUUCCAAUAUUUAGACAGGCAGUGUCUGUUUGCUGUAACAUGACAGCCGAGGAAGAAACUCUGACACUGAGCCGAUUUUAUUCAGCCUUUUUGUCCUCUGAUCAUCUGAUAAUGUAGAAAUCUUGUGAAAACUCAUUCCACCUCAUGCCACACACUUCACAGUCAUCAGAAAUGUAUUUUUAGUCCCUUACAUUAAGACAUCUGUUAAGACAUCAUCAGUAAAUACAACAACGUG